CCCAGUCUCCUCCUCCAUCUUAAUUACUUAUUUUAUUCAUCCUUGCCUAAGAUACUAGGGUUGCAAAGUAUCCUGCCUCCUGGGUCUUGUGUGCUGCACGUCGCCUCACCUCCCAUAAUAUUGUUGGCUUCUAAUUCUGUAUUAUAUUUACUCUCUGGCGGUAGUGGCCACAUGACGGGGCCCGAUCCCUUCACUCGACCUCGGCCUCCUUUUUCCUAUAUUUCGUUCCUCCUACGCAGCCAAGAGCAGUUUCUUCUCUCUUGACCCUCCUCCUCGGCUGCUCUUCCUGCCCCUCACCACCGUGGACAACGACGACUACGGGCUCCUCUUCGUCUCCUCAUCCUCUAGAGCAUCCACUCCUAUGCUCUGUCGAGCCCAACAGUCUUUACCGUCUCCUACCGCGGGCUCGCCUCCUCGGCCCUGACGCCUUGUCGACAUUCACCCCUCCCCCUCCAGCCUCGCGAUAAGGUCGCAGUCGCGCUUCCAGCCAUGGGGGAUCGCAAGUCUUUGGUGCGCGACGGCACGCCUUCCGGAAAGCCUUUACUCCAGAAGAAGCACAAGCCCCGCGGCUCCGACGGCUCCGACGGCUCCGACGGUUCUCUCGACCCUGACCUCGACCUCGAUCUCGAUACCGCCCACGACCACGAUCAGCUCAACCGCGGCCGUGCCUACCAGAAUAGCUACUAUUCUGUUCCUCAUCCUGCCAACCGCCGACCCACAUCCGGCACGCCUCGCCGGCCUGCCUUCUCCAGGAGGAGUACGCUCCGCAGCCGCUCGCCCGCGACGAAUGCGCGCCUCGCCGCCCGCAAGAAGUACACCUAUGCUGCCGUCUUCCUCGUCAUAUCCCUCGUCUCCUUCUGUGUUCAGACGGAGCUGGCCGCUUACGUGCAGCAUGAUCUGGGGUGGAACAAGGCGUACUGCAUGCUGUACCUGACCCACGGCAGCUGGGCGCUGCUGUGGCCCACCCAGCUCCUUAUCCUCCGCCUGCAGAGGCGGGACAUGCCGUGGCCCAUCUUCUGGAGGAAGCACGUCUGGCUGUGUCGCACCACGGCGCAGAUGGUCCACGGCCGCACCCUCGAGGUGCCACACUACCACCAGGCGCAGAGCCCCGUCCGCUACAUGCUCAAGACCACCGUCUUUGUCACCAGCGCCCUCACCGUCGCGGGCCUGAGCUGGUACAUCGCCGUCGACCUCACCACUCCGUCCGACCUGACAGCCAUCUACAACUGCUCCGCCUUCUUCGCAUACGCCUUCUCGAUCCCCCUGCUCAAGGAGCCCUUCCGUCUCGACAAGGGCUUCGCCGUCGUCAUCGCCAUCGUCGGCGUCAUCGUCGUGGCUUAUGGGGACACAAAGCAGGGAGGAGGUGGAGAAGGAGCAGCAUUGCCCAACGGCCCGUCGGCCAGCGGGGCGGGAGAUGACGGGAACCGCUUCUUGGGCAAUGUCAUCAUCGGCUGUGGCUCUGUCCUCUACGGUCUCUACGAGGUCCUGUACAAGAGGUUUGCCUGUCCGCCCGAAGGCUGCAGUCCGGGGCGGGGCAUGGUCUUUGCCAACCUUGUCGGCAGUCUGAUCGGGUGCUUCACCCUCUUGGUGUUGUGGUUUCCCCUGCCUCUGUUGCACAUCGCAGGGAUCGAGAGGUUCGCCCUCCCCACCGGCGCGACCGCCUGGUGGCUCUUCUUGUCGGUCGUCAUGAACGCCACUUUUGCUGGGUCCUUCCUCGUCCUCAUCAGCCUGACGUCGCCCGUCCUGAGCUCCGUCGCGUCGCUCCUGACCAUCUUCAUCGUCGCCGUGAGCGACUGGUUCCUGACCGGCCAACCCCUCAGCCUGGCCGCCAUCGUAGGCGGCCUCAUGAUCAUCGUGGCCUUUGUCAUGCUUUCCGUGAGCACGUGGCGGGAGAUGACCGAGGAGGAGCGCCGCAGGGAGCUGGACAUUGACGACGCCGACGUGGAUGCCGAUGACAAUGGCAGUGACGAUGACGAUGCAAGUGACAAGGCGAGCAGCCACAACGACUAGCAAAAGGAGCUCGUGCACUUUGAUUCUAGGGGAGCGGAAUGUUUUUGGAUCGUCGUUUCUUUUUCUCUUUCCUUUUUUUCCUCCCUUCUGUGUUUUUUGGGAAUGAGCAAGUACUGGCGUUUCUUCAAGGAUAUAUAGACAUGUCAUGACACUGGCAUGGUUUCCAGAAAGGGGAAAACCUCCCGAUGUUGUCUGGACGGUUUCUGUAUGGAGUGGGCAAACAACAUGGGCAUCUAGCAUGUUGGUAUAUUGAGGUUGGGCCCGCUUGAAUGGCGCCUAGAGGACCACCAGAUGGUGGGUUUUUUGGAGAUGGUCAUGAGUGCAUUACACGAGCGAUAUAUAUAUACCCUCUGGCGUGGCGCGGUGGUGGCGUGGCGUGUCAUUAUUUGCUCUGUCGACGGCGAGAAGCCAGAGCCAGACUUGAUAUGAUGGCUCCUCGGAUCAUGGGAGGGAAACAUGUUGGGACAGCAAUAAAUGAUGCAUACAUUGUAUAUCUCUAUGAUUCGUCUCCUCUACUCUUCGACAAGCAGACCCAGGUCCACGUUCUUCCAUAGGAAAAAUUGGCGGAGGAUCCUAUAAUCAUCUAGUAUCUUGUAGCACUCU